AACGAGUCAAACGGUUUAACUCGUUUAAUAACUCAGUAAUAGACUCGUUCUCACUCACCUUCUAUCUCUCUCUCUCUUUCGUCUUCUCUCUAAAAAACACACACAAACCCUUUUUUUCUCUCUGCAUAAUAUUAACAACAUUGCGUAGUUUCGUUUCAAUUCAUCCCUGUUAUUUGCGGUGACCCUUUUUCGUCUUUUCACACUCUCCUUUUUCUCAAAUCAAAUCCCACGGUCCAUCUCUUCCCACGUCACCUUCGUCUUCUUCAUACCCUCUCCACCUUCCUUUUCAUUCUCAACCCUUUUCUUUUCACUAUAUAAUAACCACUUUUAGGGUUUCGUUACAUCACAACAAUUUCACUCCGCCACUUUCUUCAACCUUCCAUCAAAUUCGCUACUUCCUCAUAUUCCUCUUUCAAUUUCAUCAUCGUUGUUUCAUCUCUCGAUAAUAAUUCAGGGUUUGGAUUGAGAUCUGUUUGUUUGGGGUUUGGAUUUUUUGAAUUGAGUAUCCAAACGCGCUUUUUGGCGGCAGUUUGGUGUUGUUAUGUAUGAUGGCAAUUGAGAAGAACAGUUUUAAGGUGUCAAAGGUUGAUUCUGAGUGUUCGCCGAUGAGUAGAGAAACGACUAUGUCUAGUGGUGAGGAGGAUGAUGUUCAGCGGCGUAACUCUGUGGCGGAAUCGGAGGAUGAUGAUGAUGAGUUUGAUGAUGCUGAUUCUGGGGCAGGGUCUGAUGAUUUUGAUUUGCUUGAAUUGGGUGAGACUGGGGCUGAGUUUUGUCAGAUUGGGAAUCAGACUUGUAGCAUUCCGUUGGAACUGUAUGAUCUUUCUGGGCUUGAAGAUAUACUUUCGGUGGAUGUGUGGAAUGAAUGUUUGAGUGAAGAGGAGAGGUUUGAACUUGCUAAGUAUCUUCCUGAUAUGGAUCAAGAGACUUUUGUUCUAACCUUGAAAGAGCUUUUUACUGGUUGUAACUUUCAGUUUGGGAGUCCUGUUAAGAAGUUAUUUGAUAUGCUGAAGGGUGGUCUGUGUGAGCCAAGAGUUGCCCUUUACAGGGAGGGAUUGAAUUUUGUUCAGAAGCGGCAACAUUAUCAUUUGUUGAAGAAGCAUCACAACAGCAUGAUUAGCAAUCUUUGUCAGAUAAGAGAUGCUUGGCUCAACUGCAGAGGAUAUAGUAUUGAAGAAAGGCUCCGUGUCCUGAAUAUUAUGAGCAGUCAAAAGAGUUUGAUGUGUGAGAAGAUGGAUGAUGUGGAGGCUGAUUCUUCAGAUGAAGAGUCCGGUGAAGGUAUGUGGAGUAAGAAGAACAAAGAUAAGAAAAAUGCCCAGAAAUUUGCUCGAUUUCCUUUUCAUGGUGCGGGUUCAGGUUUAGAAUUCCGUCCACGAGAACAAUCAGCAGUUUUGGAACAAGAGAAGUCUAACAAGCAAAACCCUAAAGGUAUACUCAAGUUGGCUGGUUCGAAGACUCAUUCAGCAAAGGACCCAACAGGUCACUCGUCCUCUGUCUACCAUGGUUUGGAUAUGAACCACAGGCUUAAUGGUUCAGCUUCUGCUCGUUCUCAACAUAAUAAGUCAACUGGAUAUGAUUUGGGGUCAAUCCGCAGGAUGGGGGAUCAAUUGUGGAAUGGCGACAAUGAGGAGGAAAUGCCAUUUGGAUUAAAUGUCCAUCGAGAUCGUAAUGCAUUCCAUAGCAGCCUGAUGGACAAGUCUAGUGCUCUGAGAGUGGGAAAGAGGCAUGACCUUCUGAGAGGUGAUGAAAUAGCGGGUGAAAAUUUGAUGGGUCUGUCUAUGUCUUCAAAGACUGAUCUGCGUGGAUACACAAGAAAUCCAAACCAAUCCUCUGAUUUGCAGUUGUUCACAGCAAAGCCACCUUCUAAGAGAGGUUCCCUCGAUUUUCCUAGACAGGGCAAGUAUACUGAAAAUGUUCAACAAUUUCUAGGUAGUGACCAGCCGAAGUCAAGAUCAAAGGGUUCAAAGUUAUUACAUAAAGGUGAUAUGAUUGACUCACCAUAUCAUGGUGAUCUUUUUUACAACAAAACACCAGCACAGGAAUUUGGUAUGGAUUCAUUAUUUAAAUAUGAUUGGAAUCCAAAAAGCAAGAAACGAAAAGCAGAGAGAGAGUCUCCUGAUCUCAGUUAUACAGCUUAUAUGUCUUCCUCGCCACAGGUCAGUGAUAGACUUCUUUCCUCCGACUUCAGAACAAAAUCAUUGCAAGACAAGAUGAGAGGCAGUUUUAUACAGAAUGGAGGAAAAGAUACAAAGUCUUUCAGGGGUAGUCAUAUGCUCGUAAGAAGUGAAGAGACUGAAUCAGAUUCAUCAGAACAGUUGGAUGAUGAUGAGGAUAAUAAUCCUUUUUUGCAGAGCAAGUUUACUUACCCAAUUGGUACAGGUGCUGGUUCUCUCAACAAAUCAUUGAAGUCUCGUAUAGAUCCUAAUAAGGCCAAAUUUGGUAGGGCAGAUAUGAAGGCACAUGUUAUAACACAGUCCAGAAAGAAAGGUGGUGUUGCAGAGCAGGGGAACAUGCAUGGUGCAGAGAAUUACCUUUCAAAAAAUACAAAGCAGAAGAGUAAAAUAUUCAACGGUGGUCCUUUGCAUAACCCUGCUGGUAAAUUCAUUGAAGAGAGCUAUCCCUCAGUAUCUGGUAUGUUAAAUGGUGUUCAUGAUGAUUGGAGGCAGCUAUACAAAAGCAAGAAUGAUCGAAUACGAGGGGAACCUGUUGAAAGGUUUGACAUGCCCUCUUCAACUGCAUAUGCUGCUGAGCAUAAGAAGAAAGGGAGAAUUUCCCUUGAUCAUUCCCUUAUGAAGUCAAAAUAUUUACAUGAUUAUGGUAAUGAUGAGGAUGACUCACUUGAGAAUCGGUUGCUAGGGGAUGAAAAUGGAGUUGGACAGAGCAAAUUUUGGAGAAAAGGGCAGAAAAAUGUUGCAUAUAUGGAUGAGCAUAAUGAAAGAUCUGAAGUACCAUUACUUGGUUGUAACUCAGCAAUGAAGAAGCGAAAAAUGAAGUCUGGUGCAGCAGAUUUUGGUGAAAGAGAUGAAGAUGCCAAUCUUCUGUCAAGCAUUCCUCCGAAAACAGAUGAGUUGCCUUCUUUUUCUAUGAAAAGAAAGUCAAAGAAAAAGCCAGGAGCUGAGAUUGUUAUUUCUGAAAUGGAAAAUUCUGAACUGCUUGUUACUGAUACGGUGACAGCAGAAGUGGAACCGGAAGCCAAGCCACAGAAAAAGCCAUUCGUUUUGAUCACACCUACUGUUCAUACUGAAUUUUCAUUUUCUAUUAUGCAUCUUCUUUCAGCAGUCCGCAUGGCAAUGCUUAGUCCACCAGCACAAGAAAGUAUGGAGGUGGGGAAGCCUGUAGAACAGCAGAACAAAAUGCAGGAAGACAAUGCCAAUGGUGUCAUUUCUAGUGAUAAAGUGGCUGCUGAUGGUGAACCAUCUGCCCAACUGAAUACGCCUUCUCUUACUGUUCAGGAGAUUGUCAAUCGUGUGAGAUCAAACCCUGGCGAUCCCUGUAUUCUUGAGACACAAGAGCCAUUGCAGGAUUUGGUCAGAGGUGUUCUAAAGAUAAUUUCUUCCAAAACGGCACCUUUAGGAGCAAAGGGUUGGAAGGUACUAGCAGUUUAUGAAAGAUCUACCAGAAGUUGGUCUUGGACUGGCCCAGCCUUACAACCUAAUUCAUCUGACCUUGAUCCCGUUGAGGCAGUGGCAUCUCCUGAAGCUUGGGGCCUUCCUCAUAAGAUGCUUGUCAAGUUGGUCGAUUCCUUUGCCAAUUGGUUGAAAUGUGGUCAGGAUACUCUAAAACAAAUAGGAAGUCUCCCGGAACCACCCUUGGCAUUGAUGCAAGCUAACCUUGAUGAGAAGGAAAGGUUUAGGGACCUGAGGGCCCAAAAGAGUCUUAACACCAUAAGCCCAAGUUCAGAAGAAGUGAGGGCUUAUUUUCGCAAGGAAGAACUUCUCAGGUACUCAAUUCCUGACAGAGCUUUCUCAUAUACUGCUGCUGAUGGUAAGAAGUCUAUUGUGGCUCCUUUGAGAAGAUGUGGCGGCAAGCCAACAUCAAAAGCCAGAGACCAUUUUAUGUUGAAACGCGAUCGCCCACCGCAUGUUACAAUUCUCUGUCUUGUCAGAGAUUCAGCUGCUAGGUUGCCUGGAAGUAUUGGUACUAGAGCAGAUGUUUGUACAUUAAUUCGAGAUUCUCAAUACAUUGUUGAAGAUGUCUCUGAUGCACAAAUUAACCAAGUAGUUAGUGGAGCCUUGGAUAGAUUGCAUUAUGAACGUGAUCCUUGUGUGCAAUUUGAUGGUGAGAGGAAACUGUGGGUUUAUUUACAUAGAGAAAGAGAAGAAGAAGAUUUCGAGGAUGAUGGCACGUCAUCCACAAAGAAAUGGAAGAGACAGAAAAAAGAUGCUACUGAUCAAUCUGAUCAGCCAACAGAGCCAACAGUAGCCGUUGCUUGUAACGGUACUGGAGAGCAAAGCGGAUUUGAUUUGUGCUCUGAUCUCAAUGUGGAUCCACCAUGCAACGAGGAUGACAAGGGAGCAGUCCAACUUCUGCCUAAUGAUACAAGGCUGAAUGCGGAGGAUCAUGUUGUUGUGAACCCUGUUUCCGAAGAAGGCAAUGUUUGUGAAGACAAUUCAAUGGCUUGGGAGACUCUUGAUUUGAAUCCCACUCGAGAGUUAUGCCAAGAAAAUUCAACAAAUGAAGAUUUUGGUGAUGAAUCCUUUGGGCAAGAAAGGCCUGUUGAACUACUAAGUGCAAGCUUAUUGUGAAGAAAUCUGCAGGCUUCAGUACAUCCAUCCGCAUUCAAGAGUUCGUUCAAUCACACUGGUUAUAGCUGUGCUUGUAUAUAAUGCGGGCGCAGUAUCUCUGUAUAUUGAUUUGGUCGGAGAGAAUAGGAUAGAGAAUAUGAUCUUGUUGAAGAUCAUGGAAGCUAGUUAGGUUAGCUGAAUGUUUUUGUGGCUUUACUUUUCACAAAUCAUAAAUAAUAAUAACUUUUGGGUCUCAUAUCAAAUGAUUUCAUUUUGCUUCUUGCGUGAGGGAUCAAGAAGCUCAAGUGUUGCUAUUGUAUUGCAUGGCAAAAUUCUUAUACUAUUAUUAUGUAUAUACGUUCAAUUAAGACAUGAUGUCAGUAGUACAUCCAAUAAUCUGUUCAUCCAAAUGAACAGGAUAAAAUAUUAAUUGCGACUCAGAUGGAAAA